AUGGCCGCUUUCAUCAAUCCCGCAUUUCGAAAUGCAGUAUUAGCUACGUGUAUAGCAAUCGACUACACUUUGGCUGGAAAUGCCAUCACCCAGUCGUACAUGGGUGUACCCGCUUUAAUACAUGAAUUCCCGUCCUCAAACUCUCCAGAAUACGCAGUGCGCGCUCGCCUCCUAGGAAAACAAUGGCCUCCAAUCUGGGUAGUAGGCAACAACUUCUUCCGGCCAAUCAGUACAAUUGCGACAAUUGGCUACGCUUUCACUGCAUGGAGUCUGGCCCGCGUUGAGAGGGUGCUCGAUAUGGACUGGCGGUGGUUCGCUUUCAACGCAGCUCUGCAUGCCACGGUCAUUGUGCACUCCGCUGUCAACAUGCAGCCACUAAACAACAAGCUGGCCGCACUUGCUGGUGUAGGAUCGGACGGCAAAGGGAACGCAAAAGUGGACAAGCAGGAUGAGGGUAGGGCCGUCGAAAUCGCGACGAAUUGGAUCGAGGGCAAUAAGUACCGGCUUUUGAUACCGGUCGUCACGGGUGCCAUCUCGCUGUGGCAGGUCUUUUCUUCUUGA